CGGCCGCCUCGGCCUCAGCCUCCCUUGCUGCUGCCCCGGGCCCGGCUCGGCCCGGCCCCGCAGCGCUUGGGCACCACUUGCCCCGGCACUUGGCCGUCGUGCGAGCGAGGGGCAGGUCCGGGCCCUUCCCCCGGCGGCAGGAGGAAGAGCGGGUGCACAGCGCUGCAUCUCCGUCUCUUCUACACUUAAAGCGAGAGCAAAGCACAACCUCAGGGAGCCCCGCCCCGCCCCGCAGGAGCCGGUUUGAGUCCAAGUGAGCCUUCAAGGAAACCGCUCCCCCCGCCCCCAGGUCCCUGGCACGGGGAGACCUCGGACUUGCUCUGUGUGAGUGUUGGGCGCGCACCUGUGCCUCAGCUGGGAGUAUUUCUCAAGAGACCUGCCGGAGCCUCGAGCCACUCAUGUGGACACAUCCACCAUUUUUAAACUUUUUAAGGACGGUGCUGUGCUGUCUCUGGGAUUUUUAGACGUUUCCCUUUUUGUGUCACUCUUCUGCCUCCCCAUUUCACCCAGCCAUUGCUCUGGUUUCUCUUCCCCCCCCCUCCCCCCCACUUGUAGUAGGGGGCCUGAACAGAGCUGAUAUUUUUAAGUACCAGGAGAAGCUGCCCUGGAGCCGUGUCCAUCUGCCUGAGUGAACAGGUCCGUCUUUCUUUCCUUGUGGCUGUUGGAUGUGAUGGAACUCAUGUUUGCGGAGUGGGAGGACGGGGAAAGGUUUUCAUUUGAAGACUCUGACCGCUUUGAGGAGGACUCUCUUUGUUCCUUCAUCUCGGAGGCCGAGAGCCUUUGCCAGAACUGGAGAGGAUGGAGGAAGCAGUCAGCUGGACCCAACUCGCCCACUGUCAAAAUGAAAGAUGGGCUGGUGAUCCCAUUGGUGGAGUUGUCUGCAAAGCAGGUAGCAUUUCACAUUCCAUUUGAGGUGGUGGAGAAAGUCUACCCACCAGUGCCUGAACAGCUGCAGCUUCGGAUCGCCUUCUGGAGCUUCCCAGAGAAUGAGGAGGAUAUCAGAUUGUACUCCUGCUUGGCGAAUGGCAGUGCGGAUGAAUUCCAGCGGGGGGAGCAACUGUUUCGAAUGAGGGCUGUCAAAGACCCUCUCCAGAUAGGUUUCCAUCUGAGUGCUACAGUGGUACCUCCACAGAUGGUUCCACCAAAAGGUGCAUACAACGUGGCGGUGAUGUUUGACCGAUGUAGGAUCACCUCGUGCAGCUGUACCUGCGGAGCUGGGGCCAAGUGGUGUGCCCAUGUCGUGGCCCUCUGUCUCUUCCGGAUUCACAAUGCAUCGGCAGUAUGCUUACGAGCACCUGUUUCAGAGUCCUUGUCUCGACUGCAGAGAGAUCAGCUGCAGAAAUUUGCUCAGUACUUAAUCAGUGAACUCCCACAACAGAUUCUUCCAACUGCUCAGCGUUUGCUGGAUGAGUUGCUGUCUUCUCAGUCCACUGCCAUCAACACAGUGUGUGGAGCCCCAGAUCCCACUGCUGGUCCCUCAGCCUCAGAUCAAAGCACCUGGUACCUAGAUGAAUCUACUCUGAGUGACAACAUAAAGAAAACCCUUCACAAAUUCUGUGGGCCCUCUCCUGUUGUUUUCAGUGAUGUGAACUCUAUGUACCUCUCUUCCACGGAGCCACCAGCUGCUGCUGAAUGGGCGUGUCUCCUUCGUCCCCUGAGAGGGAGAGAGCCCGAGGGGAUCUGGAAUCUGCUGUCCAUUGUCCGAGAGAUGUUUAAGAGGCGAGAUAGCAAUGCAGCCCCUCUGCUGGAGAUCCUAACUGACCAGUGUCUGACUUAUGAGCAGAUAACUGGUUGGUGGUACAGUGUGCGAACAUCUGCAUCUCACAGUAGUGCCAGUGGGCAUACUGGGCGCAGUAAUGGCCAGUCUGAGGUGGCUGCUCAUGCCUGUGCCAGUAUGUGUGAUGAGAUGGUGGUCCUCUGGAGGCUGGCUGUUCUAGAUCCAACCAUCAGCCCACAGAGGCGCAGGGACCUUUGCACCCAGCUCAGACAGUGGCAGCUGAAGGUCAUAGAUAACGUCAAGAGAGGACAGCACAAGAAAUCCCUGGAGAAACUCUUCCAGGGUUUCAAGCCAGCUGUUGAAGCUUGUUACUUCAACUGGGAGGAGGCGUAUCCCAUCCCUGGGAUUACCUACAGCAGCACUGACAAGAAGAACUCAUUCUGUUGGGUAAAGGCCAUUCAACAAAGGAACUGCCGGUUGCAGUGUGUGGAAACCACCUGUGAGGCUGGUAGAACCCCUGGACAGGAAUCUGGAGGAAUGUGUCUGCAGCCAGGGGACAGAACCCGUCCGUCUUCUCAAGAACCAGCUGUCCGUCCGAAGGAGCUCAUUGGGAAGAGGAAACUGGUCUCUGAUGCUCCUCAGAGGGUUUUAAGGCGACUUUCUGCAGAAGGAGAUAAAGCAGUUUAUAAGACAACAGUGGGCAAAGCCAAGCUGCCAGUAGGGAAAAGCUUGGCCAGUAAGCAUAGUGGGAAACGACGCAUGAGCAGCGAAGACAGCUCUCUGGAGCCGGAUUUGGCAGAGAUGAGCCUGGAUGACAGCAGCUUAGCUCUGGGAGCAGAGGCCAGCAAUACAUUUAGUUUCACUGAGAGCUCCCUGAGCAGGAGUUACAGGGACACUUUUGAGGAUGACGGUGGUGUGUACUUCUCUGAGGGACCUGAGCCCAGCAUCAGGAGUACUCCCACUGCCAAGAAAACUCCAAAGGAUCCUGUGGGAGAAAUGGGCAGUGGGGAUGAUGAUCUGCCUUCUGCAGAUGAGAACAGCGGUGGUGCAAGUUUGAAGCCAGAAGAAGUGGGAGAGAAUGGUGCAGCUGGGGGAGGGGAUGAAGGGGAGGAGGAAGAUGAUUACCAGGUGUACUAUAUGAAUCCACAGGAGGUGGCCAAGGAGGAGGAUGACAAGGCAGAGGUAGGCAAUGAAGAGGAGCAGGAUGUCUUUGCGGGCAUAAAGCCACUGGAACAGGAAAACCGAAUGGAGAUCCUCUUUGCCUGUGCAGAGGCACUCUAUGCACAUGGAUACAGUAACGAAGCCUGCCGCUUAACUGUAGAGCUGGCCAGGGACCUACUGGCCAACCCUCCUGAUCUCAAGGUGGAGCAGCCACCAACCAAGGGGAAGAAGAACAAGGUGUCAACCAGCAAGCAGACAUGGAUGGCAACUAACACCCUGUCCAAAGCUGCUUUCCUGCUAACUGUGCUGAGUGAGCGUCUGGAGUAUCACAACCUUGCCUUCCGCAUCGGCAUGUUUGCCCUGGAGCUACAGAGGCCACCAGCCUCUACCAAAGCCCUGGAGGUGAAGCUGGCAUACCAGGAGUCUGAGAUUGUGGCCUUGUUAAAGAAGAUCCCCUUGGGCACUAAUGAGAUGAACACUAUUCGAGGAAGGGCUGAAGAGCUGAGGGAGGGAACCUUGUGUGAUUAUCGCCCUGUCCUGCCACUCAUGUUGGCCAGCUUUAUAUUUGAUGUCCUGUGCACUCCAGUGGUUUCUCCUACAGGGUCCAGGCCCCCAAGCCGUAAUUGGAAUAAUGAAAUGCCUGGGGACGAAGAGCUUGGUUUUGAGGCAGCUGUCGCUGCUCUAGGUAUGAAGACAACUGUCAGUGAAGCAGAGCAUCCGCUGCUAUGUGAAGGCACUCGCAGGGAGAAAGGUGAUCUGGCUCUAGCUCUGAUGAUCACUUACAAGGACGACCAGUCUAAACUCAAAAAGAUUUUAGACAAACUGCUAGACAGAGAGAGCCAAACGCACAAGCCCCAGACGCUGAGUUCCUUCUACUCUUCCAGCAAGCCCACAGUAGCCAAUCAGAAAUCUCCUUCCAAACAUGCUGCCCAAUCCACUACAGCAAUCCAGCAGCUUCCAGGGACUUCAGUCACACAGCAAGCAGGUGUAACUGCUGCAGUCCAGAGCAGUCCUUCUGAAAGCUUUGUGGAGAAGAGUGCACAGGAGAGCUCUCAGAGGUCCCCUUGUGAGCCAGCUGGGGAGUCCAGUGUCUUGAAACAAGAGGGGAAGGUCCCUAGUCGUCUGGCUCUUGGAAGCAGAGGUGGAUACAAUGGAAGAUGCUGGGGCUCACCUGUCCGACAGAAAAAGAAACACACAGGCAUGGCCAGCAUUGACAGCAGUGCUCCCGAAACGACCUCUGACAGCUCUCCAACCCUCAGUCGGCGGCCACUGCGAGGGGGCUGGGCAGCUACCUCCUGGGGCAGAGGGCAGGACAGUGACAGCAUCAGCAGCUCUUCAAGUGACUCGCUGGGUUCAUCAUCCUCUAGUGGCAGCAGGAGAGCCAGUGGUGGAGCACGUGCAAAGACCGUGGAAGUUGGCAGGUACAAGGGGCGGCGGCCAGAGAGCCAUGCGCCUCAUGUCCCAAACCAGCCUUCGGAGGCAGCUGCUCACUUCUACUUUGAACUGGCCAAGACUGUCCUUAUCAAGGCAGGUGGAAACAGCAGCACAUCCAUCUUCACCCACCCAUCCUCCAGUGGUGGGCACCAGGGGCCCCACCGCAACCUCCACCUCUGCGCCUUUGAGAUUGGGCUCUAUGCACUGGGGCUGCACAACUUUGUCUCCCCCAACUGGCUCUCUCGAACCUACUCCUCCCACGUCUCGUGGAUCACAGGGCAGGCCAUGGAGAUUGGCAGUGCAGCCUUGAACAUCCUGGUGGAAUGCUGGGAUGGACACUUGACUCCUCCAGAGGUGGCCUCAUUGGCAGACAGGGCCUCAAGAGCCAGGGACUCCAACAUGGUGCGAGCAGCUGCUGAACUUGCACUAAGUUGUCUGCCUCAUGCUCAUGCCCUGAACCCAAACGAGAUCCAGAGGGCCCUGGUGCAGUGCAAGGAGCAGGAUAACUUGAUGCUGGAAAAGGCCUGCAUGGCUGUGGAAGAGGCAGCCAAAGGAGGUGGGGUGUACCCAGAAGUCCUGUUUGAAGUGGCACACCAGUGGUACUGGCUUUAUGAACAGACUGUAGGUGGGACCCCAGCGCAGAGGGAAGGAGCUACUGGCUGCAGUGCUAGUGGUGCCCGGGCAGCCUCUGAAGCAGCACGUGGGUUGACUGACAACAGAGUGACCUCUGAACCGACCACAGUGACAGUGGCAGCUGCUGUGACGGCAGCAGCAACAGUGGUGCCAGUGAUCUCUGUGGGGUCGACCAUGUACCAGCAGCAUACGAUGGCAGGGCCAGCAAUGGCGCAUGCACACACACAAGGCCUCCACCCUUACACUACUCUCCAAACCCACAUACCCUGUAACCCCCAAUAUAUUGGACAUCCUAUUCAGCACAUGCCACGCCCAGCAGUCUUCCCUGUGCCUGGCUCAGCAUACCCCCAGGGUGUCCACCCAGCAUUUAUAGGUGCACAAUAUCCUUACUCGGUAACAACGCCAUCUUUGGCAGCUACGGCAGUGUCGUUCCCAGGGGUGCCAGUCCCAUCCAUGACGCAGAUCGCUGUGCAUCCAUACCACACUGAGACAGGACUGUCACUGUCUUCCAAUGUAGCGAUAGGAAGUGUCCAUGCGGGGUCAACCUUCCCAGCAAUUCAAGGGGCUUCUUUGACGGCUCUGUCCUCCCAGCCCAACUCCCUUGUUACAGGGGGCUUUCCUGCCGAGGAUGAACAACACAGCCAACCUGUGAGCCCUCAGGGCCUGCACUACCUCCACUCUGCCUACCGAGUUGGAAUGCUGGCACUGGAGAUGCUUGGUCGUAGAGCUCACAACGAUCAUCCCAACAACUUUUCCCGCAGUCCGCCGUACACAGAGGAUGUGAAAUGGCUCCUGGGAUUAGCUGCCAAGCUAGGUGUCAACUAUGUGCAUCAGUUCUGUGUUGGUGCAGCCAAGGGCGUGCUGAGCCCUUUUGUGCUGCAGGAGAUCAUCAUGGAAGCUCUGCAGAGGCUCAACCCUGCCCAUGUCCACAAUCAUCUGCGCACUCCAGCCUUCCACCAGCUGGUACAAAGGUGCCAGCAAGCAUACAUGCAGUACAUUCACCACCGGUUGAUCCACCUCACUCCAGCUGACUAUGAUGACUUUGUGAAUGCCAUCCGCAGCGCCAGAAGCGCCUUCUGCCUGACGCCCAUGGGCAUGAUGCAGUUCAAUGACAUCCUCCAGAAUCUAAAGCGGAGCAAGCAGACCAAGGAGCUGUGGCAAAGGGUCUCUCUGGAAAUGACGACCUUCUCGCCAUGAUGGCUGGCAGAGCCCUAUGGACCUGCAGCUCUCAGCCCUGGUUUAGCUUUAGUUCCGUUCACACCAUCCUUCCUUAUGGUGUUGUUUUUUUUUUUAUUUUAGUUUUAAAUUGUUGGCAACCACUGAUCUGGUGUAUUUAUACCAUGACAUUCCUCUGGCACCGCGGCACAUCAGCACUCUGCUUCGCCUGCUCACUCUUCCUCCUCCCCAGUGGGCCAUGGGCCUUGAAAGCACGAGGGAGUAAGGAAGUGAAGCUGGCUGCCCUGUGCCCCAGAGGCUGCCCCACGAGCGGCGCGCAGUGUUUGCGUGUGAGGGGUGGGGGGAGUCUGUCUUCAAAUAUUUAUUUUGGCAUUUAUAAAUAUGUAAACUUUUUUUAUGGGCUUCUCUUCCUUCAUAGGCUGCCUCCCAUCAGGAGAGGCUGGGACUGCUAUCUGCACAGCUAGUGCUCCCGUGCCGUUCUCUUCAGCAUCUCCUGCUGAGAGAGGCUGAGGUUGGAGUGGCAGGGAGCUCCUUUCUGCUAGAGCUGCCUUCAAGUCUCCACAGCAGCUGCUGUUGGAAGAAGCAGGGGCUUGGACAGGCUUGCUCCAGGACUGUGUUCGGCCGCCUGGAGGAUUUGUUGAAGUGCUUGGGCUCUUUCCCAGGAGUGUUCCCCCCGGGGCACUGCUGGGUCCGUAGGAUGUUCUGAUCCUGGUCGUUUUGAGUUGUACAAUCGUGUUCCUUUUGGCUGGGGUACUGCUCUCCUGUAAUUGAUUUCUUAUCCCUUGUCUCUUCUCGUUUCCUGAUUAAACACUUGUUUUCUUAGACAGA